AUGAUCCGCCCCAGUUCCAGCCAGCUCUCGAUCAGAGCUCGCCAGCAUGCUCGAAAAGCUGGGCCUAAAAUUGUGGAGAAGAGAGAGGCCGAGACAGCAGAGUGCUUCACAGCCAAUGGUGUGGAUUAUAGGGGCACGCAAAACUGGACAGCUCUUCAAGGCGGGAAGCCAUGUCUGUUCUGGAACGAGACUUUCCAGCAUCCCUACAACACUCUGAAAUACCCCAAUGGGGAGGGGGGCCUAGGCGACCAUAACUAUUGCAGAAACCCAGAUGGAGAUGUGAGUCCCUGGUGCUACGUUGCAGAACACGAGGAUGGUGUCUACUGGAAGUACUGUGAUAUUCCUGCCUGCCAGAUGCCUGGAAACCUUGGCUGCUACAAGGACCAUGGAAACCCACCUCCUCUAACUGGCACCAGUAAAACAUCCAACAAGCUUACCAUUCAAACCUGCAUCAGUUUUUGUCGGAGUCAGAGGUUCAAGUUUGCUGGGAUGGAGUCAGGUUAUGCUUGCUUCUGUGGAAACAAUCCUGAUUACUGGAAGUACGGGGAGGCAGCCAGCACUGAGUGCAACAGCGUCUGCUUUGGGGAUCACUCCCAGCCCUGUGGUGGUGAUGGCCGGAUCAUCCUCUUUGACACUCUCGUUGGCGCCUGUGGUGGGAAUUACUCAGCCAUGACUUCAGUGGUCUAUUCUCCUGACUUUCCUGACACCUACGCCACAGGGCGAGUCUGCUACUGGACCAUUCGGGUGCCUGGAGCCUCCCACAUCCACUUCAACUUCACCUUAUUCGACAUCAGGGAUUCUGCGGACAUGGUGGAGCUGCUGGAUGGCUACACCCACCGUGUCCUGGUCCGGUUCAAUGGAAGGAACCGCCCACCUUUAUCCUUUAAUGUCACUCUGGAUUUUGUCAUUUUGUAUUUCUUCUCUGACCGCAUCAAUCAGGCCCAAGGAUUUGCUGUCUUAUACCAAGCUGUCAAGAAAGAACCGCCACAGGAGAGGCCCACUGUCAACCAAACACUGGCCGAGGUGAUCACGGAGCAAGCCAACCUCAGCGUCAGUGCUGCCCGGUCCUCCAAAGUCCUCUACGUCAUCACCACCAGCCCCAGCCACCCGCCUCAGACUGUCCCAGGGUGGACAGUGUAUGGCCUGGCAACUCUCCUCAUCCUCACAGUCACGGCCAUCGUAGCAAAGAUACUUCUGCACAUCACAUUCAAAUCCCAUCGCGUUCCUGCGUCAGGGGACCUCAGGGAUUGUCAUCAACCAGGGACUUCGGGAGAAAUCUGGAGCAUUUUCUAUAAGCCUUCUACUUCAAUUUCCAUCUUUAAGAAGAAGCUCAAGGGUCAGAGUCAACAUGAUGACCGGAAUCCCCUUGUGAGUGACUAAAAACCCACCUGAACAUAGGUCCCUCUUUGAAUUCAAGGCUGCUGGGGUCGGCUUCUCCUGUGGUUUUCCUUCGACCAACCCGCCUCUCCCUUGGCCUUGGCCUUUUUGAGGUGCCCCCCUACAGACUGAGAAGAGGUGCCGUGCUGAGGGGCCAGGCAGAGCCUGGAUUCCUUUGGCUUCAUCAUCAGCACUUAGAAAAGAGACCCAAGGCCCUGAGGCCAGGCCCCCCUAGCUCUCCUCUCUGGCAUGGGGGUAUCCGGACAGUGGAGCUGAAAUGACAGAGUGGUCCUGGCUAGUACUGGGCUGAGGUACAUUCUAGAUGAUUGUCAGGUGGUGGGUAGGUUUAGUGUGCGUUGAGUCUUUCUUGCUUCUUCUCUGUUUUGUCCACACACAGAUCUGUUUCUCUGGUCUUUACAGUAUGGAUCAGGGCCAGACAGAGAAUUCUCAGUUUCUCUCUAGUGCUGGCCAGAUCCAUGUGAGUGUGGACCCCAGGGCACUAGCAUCCACAAAGCGUAAAGGGGCCUGUGCUCUGUGCUGUCCCUGCAGCUUUUCUCUGGCUGCUGGACCAGGACGUGGGCUUGAGAAUAGGGUCUGGGGACUCCCAUUCAUGUGAAACCUGACACUUUCCACCCACAGGCUUAUUUUUAGAUGCUUCUUUCUAUAGCUCAGUGACCUGCAGAGCAAGUUUGAGGAGUGGCCAUAUCGAACAUCCAUUCAUUUAUUCAUGCAACAACUCUGCUGGAAGCUUUUCUUUUUCUUUUAUAAAAAGUUGC